CGAUGACCCGGAUAUGGAAGGCUGUGUCUACGUCACAUCCGGGGUAAACUGUCAUGUUUUGCUUCUGUUGUGCCUCAUUUUAGUUUCAUCUUCAGUUUUGAUUUUUAACCUCAGUUUUCUCCAGCCGACAUGUCUCGAGGGUCAAGUGCAGGGUUUGACCGGCAUAUUACGAUCUUUUCUCCGGAGGGCAGACUUUACCAAGUCGGUAAGUCGAGAAAGAAGUGAGCAAAACUCAACCUGCCCUGUCAUCACCGCAGCUAACUGCUAACAGCAGCUAAUAGGUUCAUUCAUGUCUAACAUUAAGUCUGAGUUUUAUUUCGUACAAUCAAACAAAGACAGAAUAAUUGUAAAUAUUAAUACUAGAAUAUAUUCAACUCAAAGUGAGCUAUCUGGCGUGUAUCUCUUUGUUGGUCAUGCUCUGUGGUUUAGAGCUUAAGUUAGUGCUGAGCUUCAGUUUCAUCAUGAAUAGUAAAUAAAAGAAAUACUUACAAUUAGUACACUAAGGAUAAUUAAGAAUCUAAGCAGCUUCUACGAGGGCCAGGUUGUGAUUGUGAUUGGCCGAGUCCGAGCAUCUCUAAAGUUGGAGCUUGUUCAAGGUGUUCCUGGUCUACAGUGGUCUACACCAACUUAAAGAGGGCCAAAGAAAGUCAACCAGCAACAGGGUCAUGGACAACUAAUGUGCAGCAAUGAGGAAGGCUAAUCUGACCUAACAGAAGCGAGCUUAAAGGGAUAUUCCGGCGUAACACCGAGUUAGACACCCCCUCGAGCGAUGGCUGUUGCUGACCGCUUGCUUCUCUAGUUAUACCAACUUUAGUAACGACCGCACGAUAACAAUACACAGCAGUCUGAGGAGCCAUAAACAAACCUCACCAAAAAGCCACUCUCUAGCCACAAAUAAUGCUCAGAACAGCACCUAAUUUCAUCAACAGUACAUAUAGGGUCCCAGCCAUAGCACUAGCCACCAAACAUCUUUUUAACUUCGCCUGAUUUCUUUAGCAAAGAGACUAAACACAACUCACCUACUCUCUUCCAGCAGCCGCUUGUUUGCAGCAAGAGUCAGACCUCAGGCCAGUCCAUUACGGACGAGUUUUGCACCUCAAGGAAGAACAUUUAUGAUCAUUACUUCAUGGAAAUGCAAUCAGACUAAGAAGAACUAUCGGUUCUGCAGUGCAAAAUGAUUAAUAUGGUGAUUAUUACUUCAAGAAAAUGAUAAAGAAAUGAUCAUAAAUGUUCUUCCUUGAGCUGUGUCACCCUGCAGAAGUCUGUAAUGGACUGGCCUGAGGUCUCGCUACAAACAAGUGGCUGCUGGAAGAGAGCAGGUGAGUUUGUGUUGUUGAGUACUGUUGAUGAAGUUAGGUGCUGAUCUGAGCAUUAUUUGUGGCUAUAGAGUGGCGGUUUGGUUGAGGUUUGUUUAUGGCUCCUCAGACCGCUGUGUAUUGCUAUCCUGCUGUUGUUACUGAAGUGGGUAUAACUAGAGAAGCAAGCAGUCAGCAACAUUCAUCUCUGGAAGGGGUGUUUAACUUGGUGUUACAGCGUGUUUGACCCUAAAUUAAAUUAAAGCUGGAAUGUCCUUUUAAAUUGAUUAAAAAAAGAAACUGUUAAAGCUGAUGGAAAAAUCCAAACAAGCGUCUGUUGGAUGUGCUGGUUAACCCAGUCUGAUCCACGGGGGCCUCACCUGAGGACUUUAAAGACUUAAAAGACCUGCUGCUAACAGAUACCAAAUCACACCUUCAUAGGUUCGGUAGAGGCCGUAUCUCAUCAAGUCAUUACUGUUUCAGCCUAGAACUAGUUAGAGAGGGACUACACAAUACUAAGCAGAAGGUCAUAAUGUUAUGGCUGAUUGGUGCGUAUUUUUACUCUUUAAACAUUUCAGAAGACUUUGAUUCAUAUCUACAAGAACUACAAAUAGGUCUUUGUUGUUCCCACAAGAGCUAAGGAAGUUAAAGCGGACACUUUUAGUCGAUGACUCUAUUUCUCCUUCUGUCUGUCUGCAGAGUAUGCUUUCAAAGCCAUCAACCAAGGAGGACUGACAUCUGUGGCGGUCAGAGGCAAAGACUGUGUUGUGGUCGUCACACAAAAGAAAGUCCCAGUCAGUAUACAUUACAGCCUCGUGAAAGAUUAAGUUUCUGUUUUCACAAAGCAUGUGGUCACCUUCCACUGCAAUCAUUAUGGUUGUUGCGUUUCUGGUGGAGUGGAUGGUGUGUACAUUUCCCUGUUGACAAUGUUUUUGUCUUGUGUUUUUCCCAGGACAAGCUAUUGGAUGCUUUGACAGUCACACAUCUGUUUAGGAUUACAGAGAACAUUGGUUGUGUUAUGACCGGCAUGACUGGUAAGCAAUAUCUUGUAUACUUGUUGAUCUGAUGUAUUGUUGAAAACUCUGAAGUUUAAGAAAUUUCCAACAAAUUCUCAUGACCUAUUUUGUUCCCCUGAAUAUGGAGCUGUUCUUAUUUUGUGCCAGAAAGUACCUCCAUCAUUAUUAUUCACUGCUUGGAAAAAAAUCAAGUGUGUUUUUAGUUAUUUGUCAGCUCCUAAAAACUACAACAAAACCUGUAUCACAAUCUGCCAAGUUUUUAAACUGUGAGUACAUAAAUGGGACAGUAUGACAUUUUGCCAGUUAAAAGUGAUUAUAGAGAGUCAAAGAGGUAACUAAAAAACAAAUUCACAGAGACCACCAUUUUAUUAUUUUAACUGUGGCCAAAGCAGGUCAGAGAAUACUUACUUUAAACAGUCAGGUAAUUUGUCUGGAAAAACAUGUUGCAGUAAAAACUAACCUUUUUUUUGUGCUUGUGUUGAACAGUUUGGCUCCAUUCAAAAACGAUAAUAAAUCAGGGAUUUUCACUGCUGAAUUUGUGCGUUUUUGAAUGAAAUGUAAUGACAAACCGUUUCUGUCUCUAGCUGAUAGCAAGUCUCAGGUGCAGAGGGCCCGGUAUGAAGCAGCUAAUUGGAUGUAUAAGUAUGGCUAUGAGAUCCCUGUGGACAUGUUGUGCAAACGCAUGGCAGAUAUUUCCCAAGUCUACACCCAGAAUGCAGAGAUGAGGCCACUUGGCUGCUGUGAGUAGUGUGCAAAACUGCUUCUGAAUACCAGAAAAAAAAAUUCCAAGUCACUGAUUAGAUUUAUACAGGAUUUAAACAACCAAACAGACCUUUUUUUAAUAAUGUGCUGAAUUAGUCUCUGUUUCUCCUUUUAAGAUUUAUUUAUAUUUAUAUAAUUUGAGUUUUAUUGUUGUGCAAGAGUGUUUACAUUUGAAUCAGAUCUUUAAUUUUGGUGCAGAAUACUUGUUUUGCUGUCUCAUUAGACACUUUGUAUCCAGAAAACUGAUGUUCAGGCUCUUGUGACUGGAUAAGUUUUAAAAGAUCCAAGUGAAAUUUUUCUACCCAACUAUGAUUGAAAUAGAUGCCUCUCUCUGUUCCGACUGCUCUAGCUUAAUUCCUCUCUGCCUUGCAUUUUUCCUCCAGGUAUGAUGGUAAUUGGACUGGAUGACGAGUUGGGUCCUCAGCUAUACAAGUGUGAUCCAGCAGGCUACUAUUGUGGCUUUAAGGCCACAGCUGCAGGGGUCAAACAGACUGAGGCAACCAGUUUCUUGGAGAAGAAAAUCAAGAAGAAACUGGACUGGACCUAUGAGCAGACCAUAGAGGUAAAGUGCACACAUAAACACGUGUUUGAGAUGUUGUUGUAAUAAAUAAUUGAUUUUAAAAAAAUCCAUCUAUUGAACUUCCCUUUGGGAAUCAAUAAAGUUUGUCUUAUCUUGUCUAUCUUGCCUUAUCUUAUCAGCUGCUUGCCUUAGCUGUGUCUGAUAAAGCAUAUAUAGAUUGAUGUAUUUGCAGUGUACACACCUAUGUAUCAUCUCAUGCACUGUGCAUUGGAGAAGACACACAGUCAGCAUUUUGAAAGAACCUCCCGCUUAGUUUGACGUCAUGGCAAUUUCAAAGUUAUCAGAAACAAACACAUCUCAGUCUUUGUAAUUCUUCCUCACGUGCUUCUCAAUCAUAACUCUCUUUCUUCUCAAACAGACGGCCAUCUCAUGCCUGUCAACUGUUCUGUCCAUCGACUUUAAGCCCUCAGAGCUGGAGGUGGGAGUCAUCACUACACAGGAGCCCAGAUUUAAGUGAGUAACUUACUGUAUCAAACAGAUAAGACAUCUUAAUGGCUUUAGGGAAGGAAUGUUUUUGUCACAGGAGCGUUAGAUUUUCUUUACUUUACUGCGCUGUUCAAAGAUUUGCAGAAAAAAACACACAACCUUUGUAAGAUUUUGAAGCACUAAUGGCAUCAAUUUUAUCAGGGCAUAUUUCACAGAUUAUUGGUUUGGCAGCCAGUACAGAACUUUAAAAGAGAUCUAUUCUGGUGGAAGCUUGAACCACAUGUGAAUUGCUGAAAAGUGCAGAUUCUUGUGUACGGUCUGUCUGAAAAUGGCUUUAAUCAACUUGUGUUUUGCAGGAUUCUGUCAGAGGCUGAGAUCGAUACUCAUCUAGUGGCUUUGUCUGAAAGAGAGUGAGGAAAGUUGGCUUCUAUGAAAAGGAUUGUGAACUACAACACAAGAACCCCCCCCCCCCCCCCAUUCCCUACAAUAAGGCCGUGUUUAGAGGGACAGUGAAGGAAUUGGCGUCAUCUUAGACCAGAACAAAAACGUGAACAAUGAAAACAGUAUGGCCUUUUUUUUACCAGGUGGCACUGGGACCACCACUCAUCCAUCCUCUGUGGUCAUUGCCAGGAUCUGACUGGAUGCCAUAAUCCUCAUGUCAGCCCCUCCACACAUUUCCUUCUUCCCAGAUGAGAGGGAUGCUGGACACUCAAAACAAUACAAACAUUAGUCUAUUGUUUUCCUUGGUUACGGUGCUACCAAAAAUGGAGCUCAACUUCAGCACAGUACCUCUCUGUACCUCUUUCUCAGUGUGAGGACCCUGUGGUCCUGCAGCUUCUUGAGUCACUGUAUUUAACAGUACUUCCGAUCUACACUCAGGGCUGCCACGGUGCACACCUCCCAUUUUAUUUUUCUGCUUGAAUGUCCUUCUCUCAUGACUUCAGUUCAGGGGAAUGUUAAUGCCCUGACAUACUUGAUGGUGACUCAAAGGAGCUGCAGAGGGAAUUCUGCAAUUACAACAGACAUCACUGUCACUGUCAUACUCCUGUGAAAGUCAGCUCAGGUCAACAUCAAUCAGGAGUCUCGAAACUUCUCCUUCUCCCUCUUGUGUGUUUGAAUCCUUUUACUCUCCUCAACUGCUGUAAAUAACUCCAACUCUAUUAAACACAAUCUUUUUAAUUGAACACUAA